CACCCCUCGAGGCCGCAGCGUUUGGUUGCACACGGGCUGCAGUUUCAGUUUGUUUUAUUCACCAUUUUGAGUAGCCGAGGGUAAAAAAAAAAAUUAAGAAUAUUUGCGUUUGGAGGACGAGUCGCCGCCGUACUUUUAUUUUCACGCGCUAGCUCGGACGGCGGAGUUGUGCGCAAAGCUCGCGCCCCUCGGUGUUUCGCAGAGCGGGAACCAAUAUUUUUUUUCACUGUGCUGCUUCUUCUCCCCCCCUUCUUUCUUACAUCCUUAACCUCUACAGUAUUCCUGCAAAAUGUCAAGACCAGUGAGAAACAGGAAAGUGGUGAACUACUCACAAUUCAACGAGUCUGAUGAUGCAGAUGAGGAGUAUGGUGAGAAUAAGCCCAAGAAGGUGCGCGCAACCCCUCGUGAGCCCAAGCACAAGCGCUCAAAGAACUCACAGGAGGAUAGUGAGGAGUCUGAUGAGAAGCUCACCAAACCCAAAAAUGAGUCAGCAGAUGACUUUGGCAGCGAGGAGGAAGACAACGACUUUGGCGAGGAGGAGGAGGAAGACGGGGGAAGCGACUAUGAAGAAAAAAAAGGCAAAAAGGGAAAGAAAGCCGCCAAGGUGGAGAAGCCCGCCAAGAGAGGGCCGAAGAGAAAACGGCCUGCAGAUGACAGUGACGACGAGAAGGAAGUGAGUCGAAAGCGCACAGUGCGCCAGGCGGCCUCCAAGGCCGUGUCCAAACAGAGGGAGAUCCUGCUGGGAGAUGCAGGCAGCGAGGACGAGGAGCACGAAGACCAGGAGGAGCCCUACAACGACCCUGACGAGUCCGGCAGUGAUGAGGACUUCACGGUGGAGGACGAUGACGACAGUGACUAUGGUCGCUCCAAGAAGAGGGGCAAGAAGGUGAUCCGACGGGGACGGCCGGACAAGAAGGAGAAGAAAAGCCCCAAGCCCCGACUAAAGGCCACAGUGACCCCCAGCCCGAUGAAAGGAAAGGGGAAGGGGCGCCCGAGCGCCAAGGCCCCCGAGAAGAGCUCACCCAAAGAAGAGGAAGAGGAGGACCCCGAGAGUCCCCUAGAGGAGGAGGAGGAGGAGGAGGAGGUGGUGGAGAAGAAGAAGGAGACCUCCCCUGCCCCCAAGACGACGAAGGAGGCCCCGGGAGGAGACGAGGAGGAGGACGAGGAGGAGGAGGAGGACGGCUCAGAAGAGGAGGCGCCCUCUGGAGAAGACUAGAAGUACCCGCUGAAGCCCAUCUCCUCUCUCUCUCUCUCUCUCUCUCUCUCUCUCUCUCUCUCUCUCUCUCUCUCUCUUUCUCUCUCUCUCUCUCUCUCCCCUCAAAAGUUCUUGUUUUCUUUCGUUGCUCUGCGUUUUAGAAUAAUUCUUUUUGUUUUAUCUCCUGGUGGCCUGGCUCAAUGGUUUGGACUUGGUGUGCUUCUUUUUUGGUUGUUUUUUUUUUUCCUCCCCGCCAACCAAGACAUUGUGCUGAUUACCGUGCGGCGUAUGUAAGGAGUCAGCCCUCCUGUCACCACCAUCUACAUCCUGCAUCCUAGUGUGAAUGUGUCUGCCUUUACCCAGAGCUCCGUGCUAGUGAGCAUCCGUCCUGAGUGUGAACAAAACCACUUCCCCUUGUUUGUCUCCCCCCCAUGACUGGCUGUCCAGUUUACUCUGUGUGCGGUUACUGUGAGUAUUGUCCGGGGCUUUCUCGGUAUCGGAUACUAAAGCGCCGUAUUUACAAAGCGACGCUUGAGUCAACACGCGCGGGCCUACGGGCCUUUACCCUCUCUUUGGUACCUUGUACUUUUAAACCAGGAGCAUGUUUCUUAACAGGGCAGCGUUAUCUAAAUAGUUAUUUUACAACCUGUUCUGUCAGUUAAAGCAGCUUUCAUUUUCCUUUUCGUUAUUUGUUUAGGUCACUGCUGUUUCAGACUGUAUUGGUGCUGAACUCUUGUUGUGUGGCUGCUGCUGCUGCUUCGUAGAUCAGUUCAACCCGUUUAAAGGGGCGCUGUGUGGAGUGGUGGGUCACCGCUGAGUGUUUGCUACACGCCGGACUGCCACUGUCGCACAUUUCCAGCGAGCAUGUGUGUGUUUUUAUGCACUUGUUUAAAUGUGUAUGCUUGUAAGAGGGUCUGGUAUUAUUUUUCUCUCUCAGCCCAUCUGCAGCCGAUGUUAAACAGUUUCUGUUGUUGUGUGUUGGGUUUUCUUUACGGCGCCCCAUUGCUACGUGAAGCAAACCCCGCCCC